AUGAAAAAAUUCGAAUGGAAUGAGGAAUGUCAGAAAGUGUUUGAGGAAUUGAAGAUCUUUUUGACCAGCCCGCCGUUACUCAGUUGGCCAAAGACAGGAGAAGUUCUGUACUUGUACCUAUCAGCAGGUAAAGAAACGAUCGCGUCGGUACUAGUAAGAGAAGAAGAAGAAGAGCAGUUGCCCAUUUACUACUCCAGCAGAACGUUGAAAGGCGCAGAACUAAAUUACCCGACAAUUGACAAGUUGGCAUUAAUGGUGGUAGUAGCAGCGAAGAAGUUAAGGCCAUAUUUUCAAGGGCAUACGGUCAUUAUACGCACUAAUCAACCUCUGAGGAAGGCAUUGCAGAGGCCGGAAACUUCGGGAAGGAUGGUUAGCUGGUCCAUCCAGUUGGGAGAGCAUGAUAUAAGAUAUGAGCCAAGGAAAACAUUGAAGGCGCAAGCACUUGCAGACUUUGUAGUAGAGAUGACGGAGAAACCAGACACCGAAGAACCCAGAGAAGCAGUUACUUGGAAUCUCUACGUAGACGGAGCGUCCAAUGACCUCGGAGCCGGAGCAGGUGUUAUCUUGGAAGGACCGAUGGGAAUAACAAUCAAGUAUGUAGUACACUUGAAAUUUAAAACAACCAAUAACGUGGCAGAGAGAUUCGGAGGUGAAUGGGAGAUUUUCCCCAUAGCCAAAGAAGAGAAUGCAGCCGCAGAUGCAAUCUCCAAAGCAGCAGCUGCGAAGAACCAGCGUUUCAUGGAGAUGAAAAUGAAAGAAGAACGCUCGACUUCUUCUGUAGACGCAGAGGAGGAAGUGUUACCUAUCGAAGAAGUAGACACCUGGAUGCAGAAACUAUUGGCAUACCUAGCAGACAGCACUCUCCCAGAGCAAACAGCUGAAGCAGCAAAAGUAGUUCGACAGUCGGCAUCGUACUCAGUCUUAGAAGGAGUACUCUACAGGGCAUCAGCUACGCACCAGUGGUCCCGAUGCCUGACAAAGACAGAAGGCCUAUAUGUUAUGCAGGAAAUUCACGAGGGAAUCUGCGGGGCUCAUGAGGCAUCAGCAGCCUUGGUUAGGAAAGCAUCCUUACAAGGUUUCUACUGGUUAUCCAUGAAGAAAGAUGCAGAAGACCUGGUACUUAAAUGUGAUAAGUGUCAGAAGUUCGGGGCAGUGAUACGAACACCCGCAUCUGAGCAACACCCCAUCGGUAGUCCAUGGCCAUUCAUGACUUGGGGCGUAGACAUACUGGGACCUUUCCCCCCAGCGCCGGGACAAGUAAAGUUCAUCGUGGUAGCCGUAGAUCACUUUACCAAAUGGUGGAGGUAG